CCGUCACCGCCAGGCGAUGGCGGCCCCCGCUCCCGGCGGGGCCCUAGGCGUGGCGCUCUGGGGCUCGGUUCUGGUUCUGGCGGGGGCCCUGGACGCCAUGGGGCCUCACACAGCCGUCCGUCUGGCCGAGCUGCUGACCCCGGAGGAGUGCAGCCAUUUCCAGUCGCUUCUGAAGGCGCCGGACCCGGACGUUGAGGCCGAGCUGGCCAGACUUUCUGAGGAUCGGUUGGCCCAGGCGGAACCGUCGGGGCCCACGUCGGGGUCGCCGGGCCGGCGGCGGCGGCGGCAGGCGACUGACCCCGAGGUUUCCGACGGCUGCCGGGAGGGGCUGGCAGCUUGGCUGGCCGCCGAGGCCACGACCCUGCCCUGGGACCGCGUGGCCCGGGCCCUGCGGCGCUGCGGCCGCCCCGACGUGGCCCGGGAGCUGGGCAAGAACCUCCACCAGCAGGCGGCGCUGCAGCUGCGCCAGUCCGGGCAGCGCUACCAGCCCCGGGCGCCGGCCGGGGCCCCCGCGGCAGCCCCCGCCCCCGCCCCCGCCCCCGCCCCCGCCCCGGCCCCGGCCCCGCGCUCCCGCCGCGCCUCGGCCCCCGGGCCUAACUGGGACGAGCUGGAGCUGAUCGUGGAGCGGCUGCCGCAGGCCCCGUACGAGCGCAGCCCCGCAGGCUGGGCCGGGCCGCUGGCGCUCGGCUUCUUCGCUGGCUUCGUGGGGUCGCUGGGCGCCGGGGCGCUGCUCAUCCUGCUCACGCUGUGGAUCACGGGCGGCGACGGCGAUGGGGUGCGGCCGGGCAGCCCCGGCCCGCCCGCCCCUGCCCCUGCCCCUGCCCGGCGCGGGCCCGCGGAGGCGCACGGCUGGUGGGAGGCAAAGCCGCUCUUGGCUGGAGAGCCGCUGGUGUCGCCGGGCGCCUGGGCCUGGGCUGCAGAUGGGCCGGAUCCUCCCGCACCCCAGUGCCCCCGGCUGUAAAGUGGGCACCGUUUGGGGGAGGGCUCCCUGCGACGUAUUAUAAAAGUUACAGAACCCGCACAGGAGGGAGCGAUCGGUUUGUUAGUUGGAAAUGAUGGGCAUAUCCAGGGGCGCUGUAAAUAGGAGAGGAAAGCCCGGGGCCAGCCUGCCAGGCGGGCAGGAGGCAGCCCCCCCCCCCCCUUCUUGUCAGCGUCGGGACCUUAUUUUGAACUUAUUCUUCCACUAAGAGCUACCAUUUACUGAGCACUAACAAUGUG